CUAUCAGAGCUCUAUAAACUAUCUGCAGAGAAAUGGCGGAGUCUGCAGCGAGUCAGUAUGAGGAUCAGUUCAUCUGUUCAGUGUGUUUGGAUCGGCUGAAGGAGCCGGUGACGAUUCCCUGUGGACACAGUUACUGUAUGAGCUGCAUUACUGACUGCUGGGGCCAGAAGGAGCAGGAGCCGCCGUACUGCUGUCCCCAAUGCAGAGAGAGCUUCAGUCAGAGACCUCUACUGAAGAAGAACACUCUGAUAGCGGAGAUGAUGGAGACGCUGCAGAAGACGUCUCUACAAACGCCUGCUGUGGAGUGUGAUGUUUGCACUACAGAGAAGAGCAGAGCUGUAAAGUCCUGUCUGCAGUGCUUGGCCUCCUUCUGUCAAACUCACCUGCAGCUUCACUAUCAAUCUCCUGCGUUUAUGAAGCACAAACUAGUCCCAGCCUCCAGAAACAUUCAGAAGAACAUCUGCCUCAGUCAUGGGAAACUUCUGGAGAUUUACUGUCAGGAUGACCAUCAGUGCAUUUGUUGUUUGUGUGUGACUGACAAUCAUAAAAACCACAAUGUUGUAUCUUUGGAUUCAGAAUGGACUAGUAAAAAGGACAAGUUAAAGGAGAUAAAGGUGGAGUGUCAAAAGCUGAUUGAGGAACGAGAGAGAGGUCAGCAGGAACUCAGUGAAGCUGUGAAGUCUUUAAAAAGUUCAGCACAAGAGGCCGUGGAGGACAUUGAGAAGGUCUUCACUGAGCUCAUCUGCUCUCUGGAGAAGAAACGCUCUGAGAUUAAAGAUCAGAUCAGAGAUCAGGAGAAGACUGAGAUAGAUCGAGCAGAGAAACUUCACAAACAUCUGGAUCAAGAGCUGACAGAACUCAGAAAAACACAAGCAGAGAUUGAGAAACUUCUGAUUACUGACGAUCAGGUCCACUGUCUGAAGAGCUGUCAGUCUGUGUGUGUUUUACCCUCAUAUGAAGACGUUCCCAGCUGCACUCAACACACUCAUCUGUCUUUUAAAGACAUUUCAAUCUCAGCAUUCAGAGAGGUUUUGGAAGACGUCUAUCAACAACAAACAGCCAGAAUAUCUCGAGAAGUGUCAAAUGUCCAUGUUGCAAAGCUUCCAGAACCGAAGAUUCAAAAUGAUUUUUUGCAGUAUUUCUGUCAGCUUCACCUGGAUCCAAACACUGCACACAAAAAUAUCAUCUUGUCAGAAGACAACAGGAAAAUAACAUGUUCAAAUGUAGUCCAGCAAUAUCCUGAUCACCCAGAGCGAUUUGAUGAGUGUAAUUACAUCAUGUGUAGAGAGGGUUUGUGUGGUCGCUGUUACUGGGAGGUUGAGUGCAGUGGACACAACUGGGCUGUAGCAGUUUGUUACAAAGGAAUUGGACGUAAAGGAAACAAUGAUGACUGUAAACUUGGCUUGAACAAGAUAUCUUGGAGAUUGGGCUAUUUUAUGGAAAAUUUCUGUUUCUUACAUAAUAAAGCACUGGUCCGUGUCCCUGCUGCCUCUAGAAUAGGAGUGUAUCUGGAUCAGAGAGCAGGAACUCUGUGCUUCUACAGCGUCUCUGACACAAUGACUCUACUACACAGAGUCCAGACCACAUUCACUGAACCCCUCUACCCUGCUUUUCUAACUUGGAAAAGUUCAUCUGUCAGGAUCAUAGAGCAGAGGAGAGCUCAGACAGGCCUGAAAUAGAAAUGACUGACUGAGAUUGAGAUUUUGAAUUCCUAAAACAUACCACUAUUGUUUCACAUUGUGCUGUGUAAACUGACACCUUCUUAGUAUUCUCAGGUUUGGUCUGCUUGUAAAUUAUAUUCACUUUUAAAAAUCCUUACAUGUAUUACAUGCAUGAGCUUUUUUGUUUUCUUUUGUUACUACCUGCUUAUUUGACCUUCUUGAGUGGAAUUAUUAGAAUUUCUUAAUUUCUUUACAAUUUGGAGGAAUGGGUUGAAGAAUGAGGCAUGAUUAUUAUUUUAUAAGUAUCUGACUGAAACUAAAUAAUUAUGUUGCAUAUGUAUUUAAUUAAUUAUGUUAUAUUUCUUUACAAUUUGGAUAACUGAGUGGACUUAAAGCUGCGGUAGGGAACUUUUGACGCUCUAGCGGUUAAUAAACAGAACUGCUUGCGUCUUGCGGAAGAACAUCGUAGCCGGAACUACUUCUCUCUGUUUAUGUCUAUGAAUAUCACAAAGGUACUGGGUUACUCCGCCGCGGUAUCCCCGAAGCAAUCUAAAAUUGUCCGAAUAUAAACACUUAUUAUAGGUGCACCCUUGUGAUUCAGGACAAGCCAAAAACACGAUUUGGAAAAUGGAUUCAUGGUGAACUCGCUUAUUGUAUAAAUUUUUCUACAUUUUGAACACAAACAAAGUUACGGACCGCAGCUCUGAUUGGUUAUUUUUUACCGGGAGCGAUGGAGUUUCUGCAAAUGGCAAUAGGACCACUGGGAGGAGCCGGAGGAGCUUGAUCUUUUCACAGAUUAUCUGUCUCAUAUUCUUCUGUCAGGACAUAAUGACAGGUUUAAUAAAUAUGUAAAAAAUAUUUUUUUUACAAAAGUUCCCUACAGCACCUUUAAGGAUUUAUAUAUAUAUAUAUAUUAGUUAAAUAUGUAAUUAAUAAUGUAAUCUGUGAUUUUGAUAGAAUAAAGAGAAAAUCAAAUGCAUUACCAUUACAGUGAUCAUUUGGAUAAUUUCAAAUAGGAAACGUGAUUGCUUUAUGAAAUAUUUUGUCUCAAGAAUCUGUGAUAUGUGUGAUUGUCUGUGAUUGUUAUUUUUCUACAUAGCAGCUGUGAAUGAAAAUCUGCUCUUCUUGUGCUCAAGCGCAUCACUUUUUAAACAAGAAAUUAUUUCUGAAAGGUUUGAUGCCAUGAAAUCAUCAAUGAUUGAAUCAAUUUACACAGAGAAGUUUGUUAGGAGCAGUUAAAAGAAAGAAAAAAAAAUAUUCCUUCUGUUAUUAUUCAACUACUCUGAUUAUUAGUAUGGAGAGAUAUGACAAAGUAGCAAAGUACAGAGGGAAGAGCAACAAAACUGAUGAAUCACUGCCUCAUAAACAAUAAAUGUAUAAUCUCA